AUGACCGUCACCUGGCAAAUCGUCAUGACCGUCGCAGUCUGGCACACCGCGCACACCGCCCCCUCGCCCAACCCGGCCCCCAGACCCAUCACCCCACGCCCACACCGCGCCCUCGACCCAACCUCAAGUACCGGCGGCCACAGGUUCUCCCGGGCGCAUUUCGAAUUCACACUCGACCUGUACGGCGCGUUGGUCAGGGAAUCGACGGACGAGCAGGCCAACGUCCUCUUCAGCCCCGUGUGCGUGGCGGCGCUGCUCUACCCCCUCCUGCUGAGCGAAGACCAGGUGCUCAGCCAGCAAGUGAGGCAGGGACACACCACCAUGAUGGACAACUUCGAGGACGCGUAUUACCAGGGGAGACUCCACCUCGCUCGCUCGCUCUUCGUCCAGGCGGGGUCUCCUUCGGCUGCCUUCGUCCGAGAGCAGUACAAGGGCCCUGCACAGGAAGUCGAUAUCUUGGGAAAUGCGACUGGGGUGCUCAAAGGCAUCGAUCAGUGGGUUCAAUCCCAGACGGACGGACGGGUGGUCGGAGCAGUGACCGAAGCAGUGACCGAAGCAGUGACCGGAUCAGUGGCGGAACAGCAGGGCGCAGUGGAAGGCCUGGCUGUGGUGGCCGUGUACUACUCCGGCCAGUGGCUUCACCAGUUCCAGCCGAACCUCACUUUCGACAAGGGCCUUUUCUACCCUUCGUCGGAGAGCAGGUUCGAAGUGCCCAUGAUGGUCGGGAAGCUGGAACUGCCCUUAGGCUAUUCACCGGAAAUGGAAGUCCGAAUCCUCGAGCUUCCCUAUGCCUCUCGCCGCGUGUCGAUGUUCGUGUUGUUGCCCGAUGACCCCGACUUCGGCCUCGCGCGGCUGGAGGCGAACUUCACCUCGGAUACCGUCAAGGCGCUUUUCUCCACGCUGAAGGACGAGAGGGUCAACCUGCGCCUGCCGAGGUUCCGCGUUGGCGUGUCUCCCCCCGUGCAGGCGGCGCUGAAGUCCCUGGGCCUCCUUCAGAUCUUCCCUCCGGCGGCGUUUGCGGAGGAAUCGUCCGGCCCGCGCCUCGUCCUGCAUGACACCCUCCACAAGUACUGCAUGACACUCACGCCUUUGGAUGAUGCCGUCCUGGAGGUGCGCGAGGAAGGCGAAGAGACCCCGUCCCCCCAAGGGAGCGGCGGGGAGCAAGUGGGGACCUUCGGCGACAAGUACUUCGAAGUGGACCACCCUUUCUUGCUCCUGGUGUGGGACUACAUCGCCAGCAGCGUCGUGUUCAUGGGCCGAGUCGUUAACCCGGAGCCCAUCGUGGUCGCCGGCGCUAGCUAA